CCCCAUACAUGGCACCGAACAUAUUAAAACGUCAUGUUGUUUUUACACUGUACUGAAGCGUGAGUCAGAUGAAGAGAAAGCAUAAGAGUUUCGAUUAAGAUCGCUGCCUUCUCCACACAAGUGGUGCUCGCUGCACAUACCUCUGCUCUGCUGCUUGUUUGUGUGUCUGUCGAUUUUUACCCACGGCCACUUGCGUCUCCACCUGCACCACUUGGGUCUGAGAGCAGUCCUUCAUAGAAAGCAAUCGUCGGAAACUGAACGGGAAACUGAACGGUUCAAUCAGCGGCAUAUUGUGAGCGCGGAUGAGGUGUCUGUAAUCAUGCUUGUCUCCAGUCACUUCAUGAUCACUAUUACUGUCAUAUCGUAUUUUUAUAGGAGCGGGGCAGAAGACACGAGGCCACUGAGUUGGAGGGUGGAUGUGGAUUCGAUUGCUGUCGCCGGAUGCCAAGAGGUUACACUAGCUACAUGCACAGUGAUCAGUGAGAAGACGGCUGCUCGGGUGUCAUGGCGUUUGGGAUCUUUGUCUGAUUCUUUGAAACCAUCAUCCAAUAAUGUGCAACAUCUGGAUGGGAUUUUCACGGUCUCAAGCAGUCUGAUUGCUGUGCCAACUGUUCAGAUGAAUCAACAGCUUGUCCAGUGUGUGAUCACGCAUGAUACACGGAAAGCCGAGAUAGAAAUCGAUCACAGGAUCAAAGUACACUAUCCACCUCAGCUGGUCACUGUGACGCCUUUCAAUGAUCCCUCUUAUGCUGAAGUGUUUCAGUGUGAGGCAGAUGCUAAUCCUCCAGCAACAGACUUCACAUGGCACAGUAGCAAGCACGUGACUAUCCCAAAUGAUGCCAUUGAAAUCAAAGGAAAUAAACUCUACUUCUUGAAACUGUCCUCUGACCUCAAUGGAGUGUAUUUCUGUAAUGCUUCAAACAUGUACGGCGCAGGAGUCGGCUCUCUCUUCUGGCAUCAAGGAAAAAAGACUGAAGACUACCAUUCUGAGCUUUGAGUCAUUUGAUCAAUUCAAGGCAAAUUAUGAAGGAGCCAUGGGAUACGUGUCAAUAUUUUCAUCACUUCACCUGCAGCCUUUCUCAUGCCAGUAACCGGGCUGGAGUGGGACUCAUUUUCAGCAUUGGAGUUUUUUGUACUAACAACUUCUUUUUUAAAUUUUGAGUUAUUUGAUACGGUAUGAUCCAACUAAUGUUUAUGGAAUGUUUCACAUUAUUGCAUUACAAACAUAUUCAGAAAAGUUAAGGUUAUUAGUUACCAUAACUUAUAGUUACUAAUUAUGUAGUAACUACUAGCUUUUAACAGUUAAAGUUAUAUAUAAACAUAAUUAACCUGCAGUUAUAUAGUAUAUAGGUAAUGUCUAUAUGUGUACAUGUUUAAUAAAGUGUAUUUCUGUA